AUGAUGAGGCUUUACAUCUUUGUCCUUGCAAUUUUUAGUGCUGUCGUCUCCACGAAAGCUGAAGAACCACCUGUGAGCUCCAUCUACCCCAGAGAUUACGUGACACAUGGUGUGGGGAACACACUGAUUUGUCAUGUGACUGGAUUCUAUCCUCCUGCACUCACGGUAGAAUGGACAAAGAACAAUAAGAAGGUGACAGAGGGUAUGGCUCUUAGUCAGUUUAGACCCAACAGGGAUGGCAGCUAUAAUGUGUUCUCCACACUGAGCUUCACUCCAGAACAGGGGGACAUCUACACCUGUACAGUGAGGCAUCAGGGCCUGCAGCAACCUCUAACCAGAGAGUGGGACGCAGAUUCUGAGGUUACUGUGCCCAGUAUUGGUCCAUCUGUGUUCUGUGGAGUGGGUCUGACUGUAGGGCUGCUGGGAGUGGCAGUUGGAACAUUCUUCCUUGUCAAAGGCAACAACUGCAACUAACACUGCAGGCUUGCAUUUCCAGACUAUCGUAAUCACUGUCAAGUCCCAGCUACUGGAAAAUGUCAUGAAGUACUAUUUGAAUGACUGUGGCCAGCGACUGUUGGGAGAAAUAAACAAAAUCAUUUUUUCUUUUGAAAAUUCUCAAUCUGUCUAUGAGUACUCUAAUAAGCAUAAUACUUAUUAUUUGUGAAUUUCAAAGGAUUCAUUUUUGCUAUAUAAAUAUAAUUAUGCUUGACAAUUGUGAAUGUCAUGAUUUUAUUGAGUAGAAAUAUGUUUUCUUUGCAAAUAUAGUGCUAUAAUCACUUGUUUUUAAGAUGAUCCAUUCAGCAAUUCCUUUUAAUAAAUAUUCAGUGUCUGAA